GGCUCAAGUCUUUCAGCGACAACAUGGUGCUACACUUAUUUGUACUUUUACUAUGCUGUGCUGGAGUCUUUCAUGGGUUCCUCGCAGCAGCAACCUCAGUCAGCUGCGGCAAUGAGAGUUUGACGGCGGCAGCGGCUCUCGGUGUUCAACAUAUCAAUUUGAGGCAAAUGCAUGGCUUCAAGUUCAGGCUUCAGGAGAUCCAGUACAGUGAAUAUCAAGAGGUUUCAGGAGGUUGCUACAUUGAUGUGAAUGUAACGCUGGUCCAGACCAAAUGUCACUUCACUAACCCCAAACCUGCUGAGAAGUGUGAUCUUUGGGAAAAGGACGAACGGGGAGCAGUGGCCAAUUGUUGCAUCGAAAUUCAGGUCAUGUGGAGUGUGGCUGAAGUCAUCAAAUACGAAUGCACCACCAGACCAGAGUUUACCAAUGAAGAGUUGGUGGAAACUUGCCCCGACUGUCCUGGAUUGCUAACUCUCGAUCACCCAACUGCUCGAAAGGCCGUUAAUGAUGCGGUGCUCAAGUUCAACAAAGAGAACAAAUAUCAGAAUGACUUCAUGCUGAUGGAAGUGGAUCAUGUCACAUCAGUGGAUUUCCAAAUAUUUGGCACAAUUACCUUGGUCCAGUUUGCGCUGGUUGAGACCAAUUGUCCUAAGGGGGCCCAGACAUUUGCUCCCUGCACGCCUCGCUGUCCUGAUGUAGCGACUCAUGCCUUUUGCAAAGCGGAGUAUCUAGACCUCCAACAACUACUGGAUAAACUUGAGUGUGAAAUGUAUCACCCAAAAAAUCCCACGCCCCACCCAACUGGUAUGCCAGAACCUGUGUGCAAGCUGUUCCACAAUACUCCAGAGGCUUUGAUUUGCAAGGACCGCCUGACGAAUCCUGACCCGUCCACCCACUACAUUUGUCCCUUCCCGCUAGAGUAA